CCUCAUUUAUACCUUGCAGAGGCGAUGGAGGCAGUGAUGCAAUCUGUCGCGUAAUUAAAACACACACAAAAAAAGUAUUCUUAGCUGUACCAUACUCUUUCAGUAUCAUUCAAUGCCUAACAUUUCAGAAGAUGAAAAGGAGAAUGGUUCUGGAAAUAAUGGAAACACUGAAAACAAACCUGGGAAAGAAUCCCCGGAAGCUUCUCUUCAUGAUCCUGUGAAGCCAUACUGUAUGUCAGACGCCUCCACUGCAUCCUUGGUGUCUAGGGGAGAUUAUCCAUGGGGAUGUCCUGUGACUCAUACACGAGAGAAAUUUUAUACCAUCUGCUCAGACUAUGCUUUUUUAAACAGAGUGACAUCUAUUUGUAAAAGCCCAAGUGCUUCAGUUAGUGCCUGUCUGACAGGCAGUGCUGCCUUAAACGUUGGAAAUAACACACCUGGCUUACUUGGCAUUCAAACUGAUGCUUCGGAGAUAAUCUACAGUGAAGAUGCUAACUUGGAAAGCUUGGCUGGCGAUCUCGGGAAGCUCCCCCUGGCAUGGGAAAUAGACAAAUCGGAGUUCAAUGGCGUGACCACAAAUCUGAAGAACAAAGCAGGCAACAUGAAGAAACAAGCGACAAAGAAAAAAUCCCUAGACAAAAAGAGCAAACAAUACAGGGAGUGUCCUCAGCGUUCUGCUCUUGAAGACGUGAAGGAGAGGAAAGUGUUGGACCUCCGGAGAUGGUAUUGUAUUAGCCGACCUCAAUACAAGACUUCCUGUGGAAUUUCAUCCUUGGUGUCAUGCUGGAAUUUCUUAUAUAGUACACUGGGAGCUGGAAGUUUACCACCUAUUACUCAAGAAGAAGCUUUACAUAUACUGGGCUUUCAGCCCCCGUUUGAGGAGAUUAGGUUUGGUCCCUUCACUGGAAAUACAACUUUGAUGAGGUGGUUUAGGCAAAUAAAUGAUCACUUCCAUAUCAAGGGAUGCUCGUAUGUUCUGUAUAAACCUCAUGGGAAGAACAAGACCGCUGGAGAGACUGCUGCAGGGGCCCUGGCAAAGCUAACACGUGGACUGAAAGAUGAAUCAAUGGCUUACAUCUACCAUUGCCAAAACCACUAUUUUUGCCCAAUUGGCUUUGAAGCAACCCCAGUAAAAGCUAGUAAGGCAUAUAGAGGUCGAGUCGUGCAGCAAGAAGUAGAAUAUUGGAUCUUAAUUGGAGAGCCGAGCAGAAAACAUCCAACAAUACACUGUAAAAGGUGGGCAGAUAUUGUCACUGACCUAAACACCCAAAAUCCAGAAUAUCUAGAUAUUCGACACCUAGAGAGAGGAUUGCAGCACCGCAAAACAAAGAAGGUUGGAGGAAAUCUUCAUUGCAUCAUUGCCUUUCAGAGACUUAACUGGCACAGAUUUGGUCCGUGGAAUUUUCCAUUUGGAAACGUUAGACAGGAUAAACAAUCCCAGACACAAGGACAAGGAAUUUCCAAAUCUGAGAGUGAAGACAAUAUCUCUAAGAAGCACCAUGGACGACUGGGUCGAUCUUUCAGUGCUGGCUUUCAUCAAGAAUCCACCUGGAAGAAAUCUAAUCUUCGUGAGAGGAGGAACAGCGGGUAUCAGAGUUACAAUGAUUACGAUGGGAAUGAUUAAAAUUAACUUUAGAUAAUAAAGUCGAUACAAUAAAGUUAGUUUUAAUCAAGCCAUAUUAGGGGUCUGUUAGUCCUAGAAUACAUAUGAGUAGAAAUUAUUGGAAUAAGGUACAGCUUCAUAAUUAUGGAAUAAAGCUGAUGAAAGAGUUGUGGUGGGUGCAAUCUGAUGUGUAAGCUGAUGGAUAAGCACAGAUUAUUGUACUUCUGCAAUCAAAAGUAAAUAUGACAGCAAAAUCAAUCACUUCUUUUGAAAUCAUUGUACUGUGUCCUGAUCCAUGAAAACAAAAGAGCAGACUGAAAUUAGUCAAUGUAGUAAACAGAUUUCAUUGAAAAUACUUAAUAUUCGAAAGCAUGAAAGUUUAUUCUGUGACCUUCUAGAAAGGGUUGUUCCGCACAUGGUGUAAGGAUAAAAGUAAACAUUGCCUUUCUUUUUAACACUCCAUUUUAUUAAGGCUGCCCCUAUCCAGCGAAAAUAAAACCAUCGCAUAGGUUAGAAAACCCUGUGGGAUUUACAGAGUGAAUGUACGUUCUCCAUCUAGUUCCCAGUGGACUUCUGUCAGUCAUGUUCUGUCAAGUAGGCCUCCGUUACUUUUCCCUCAGCUGGAUGCCCGUUUCAGACUGAAUUGCCUGUGGCAGAGAAAGUUUGAGGACGGACCUUCUUUCUUGCUUUUGCUUUGUGGGUGCAGCGGCUGAAUUCUUAUCCUGGAGCCUCUGGAGAGCACGGACUCGCUGAACACCAGCUUGUGCAAUUCGGUAUGAAGAAGCUGCGUUUGCCAUCAGCCGAAUGAGCCAGCCGAACGCUGCGUUCUGCGGGCCGCUCUCUUCCUUCUUACGAACCUCUCGUUUUUCUGCUGCUCUUCUAAUUUUGUGUGACAGGGAUGCAAGUGCCGAAAACUGCUGGCAGCCCUAACGAUACGAUAUACCUCUCGGCCAGCAAACAGUUUGAGCUUUUUCAGGUGUCCAUGUGCAGUCUCUUGUAUUUCUUUUUCCCCCUGGUUUGAAACGUAUCCGGUUGUUUGCUCAGACACACAUCUCGGCAGUUGUACCUUCUGCAUACAGACGUUCGUACCUGCUCGAGGAUUCGGGUUUUUUUUUUGACAUAAACAGAUUUUGUCAUGGAAUGCAGGGGUUUUGUAGGUUGCUGCUUUUGUUAACCAAAAAAAAAAAAAAAGACUUUUAGACUUUUGUUCAUUCAAUAAAAUUUGUUUUCUAU